GCGUGCAUCCAAGUAUGAUCAGGGUGCUGAUCCUCCUCACCCUAGGCUUCCUAGAAGCAAUUGCUGAGAAACCAGCAGCACAGCAGCCGACGGAACUCCAAGGCUGCCCCGCCCCCGAUAUGUGCGGCAACAUCACCAUACCCCAUCCCUUCGGCAUCAAACCUGGCUGCUACCUCGCCGGCUUCGAGGUCAUCUGCGACCGCACGUUCAACCCGCCGCGAGCCUUCCUCGCAGGCGACCCGCCAUUGUUCGGCGACAAGUUGCCGCCGAACGUUAAUAGCAGUAAACCAUUCACGGUGACGGCCAAUUUCUACUACUCUGGCACAGAUGCAGGCAUGCCCAGCGAAAUGGUCAACUACACCCGAGGGCCUCUCGAGCUCCUCGACAUCUCGGUUAAUCAGAGCAAGCUACGUGUUUAUGCAGCCAUCAACUCCGACUGCAGCACGAAUGAAACACACCAUAUCCUAUUUGAGCAGUCAAUCAAGCUUCAGCCGUCAGGUCCAUUCACCCUGUCGGCAAAUGAUAAUUCCCUAGUUGGCGUCGGCCAAAACGUCAUCGCGAUGUUCGCGGAUUCAUACGCCGGAGAAGAAUACUCGACGAUUUGCCUGUCUUUCCUCAGUUCAGUGUCCAAGGCGAGGAAUGGACCGUGCGAGAAUGCCACGGGGCUUGGCUGCUGCCAGCAGACACUGCCUCCUGGCGUCAACACGACUCUUGUGAGAUUCCAGCACAGGAACAACAGCAAGUGGAGAACCUAUCCAUGCUCAUAUGCCAUGCUGGUGGAGAAGUCAUGGUACAAUUUCUCUACAGAAGAUCUGUUUGAGUACCCUGCUUUUCCCAACAAGUACCCCAGGGGUGUACUACCGGACAAGUAUCCUACGGGUGUACCCCUUGUGCUUGACUUUGCUAUCAGGAAUGGGUCCUGCCCACAGGAAAAUCGUGGCCCACCUGGAAAAGACUAUGCUUGUGUCAGCGGCAACAGCUCUUGCCUCGAUGCAGGAAAGGGCCGAGGAUAUAAAUGCGAGUGCAAAGAGGGCUACAAUGGUAAUCCUUAUAUGCCUAAUGGAUGCCAAGGUAUGCAUACGACACUACUUCUCUCUCCAUCUUACAAUAGCUAUUGUUUUAGGUUAUUUAGCACAGAGUAG